AGCUCCACGAGGCUCCACACCCAGCCCUGCGUCAUACUGACAUGCUGGUGGAGGCACCGGGGGCUGGGGAGGGACCAGAGCAGGUGAACAUUAACCUGGGGCAGUGCCAGGUGUCCCCAGCAGCGCAGCACCCCAGGAGCACACAGGAUGAGGGGACUGCGUGCCCACUAUCACCUCCUGCCUGACCAGGACGAGGAGCAGCCCACAGAGUGCACGGAGCCAGACAGUGAGGAGCAGCCAGGCUGGGAGGGGGCUCCGGUGACACCUCCAGCCCCAGAGGAGCCGUGCAGGCUGGUGCUGAGCACGCCAAGCAGCAUCCUGCAGGAAAGGGAGAUUGAGGAGCUGGGCCCCCACCUGCCCACCCGGCUGCAGCAGCAGCCCUGGAGCCUGCUGUACUGCACUGCGCGGGAUGGCUUCAGCCUGAGGACCCUGUACCGGUGCACCGGCCAGCUGAGCUCCCCAGCACUGCUGCUCAUCCGUGACACCGAGGCUCAGGCCUUUGGUGCCUUCUCCACCAGCCCCAUUCAUGUGAGCAGUGGCUUUUAUGGCACAGGGGAGACAUUCCUCUUCUCCUUCUCCCCAGAGCUAAAGGUGUUCAGGUGGACGGGAAGGAACAGCUUCUUCCUGAAGGGAGACACGAACCUGCUGAUGGUCGGCGGGGGCAGCGGCAAGUUUGGGCUGUGGGUGGACGGGGAUCUGCACCACGGAGGGAGCUGCCCCUGCGAGACCUUCAACAACGAGAGCCUCUCAGCGCGGGGGGAGUUCUGCAUCCAGGACCUGGAGGCACCGGGAAGGGCGGUGCGGACGGAACCCUGCGGGAUGCCGGCCCUGCAGCGGGGUGCUGUGGUGCACGCGGUGCCCUGCAGGGCCAGCCCUGCCUGCAGCACCUUUGGACACAGCCUGGCAGAGACGGGCACGGCCCCCAGAAGGGCACGAGUCAGGAGCCGUGUGUGUGCUGGGGGAGAAGUGAGCACCUGGGACGGCCCUGUCCCACCAGCUGCUGCCCUCAGGACAGUGGGAGCGGGGCUGGUGUGUGAAAGGCUGCUGGCCACCAAUAAAUGGGAAGAGCUGCGCUCUGAGCCUCGUCCUUAUUGCCAAAAUAACAGUGCCAUGAAGCUGUACACAGAAAGCAGCAGCUUCAGGUAAAACCUGUGUUGGAAAUAUCCAAAUAUCAGGACGGUAUCUCUGAUAAAGCAGAUUUUAUUGCAAUUGCGAUGGCGGGCCUCCUGCAAGCAGGAGAGCACCCAGAAAACAGCGUUCCAUUUUUAUUUCCUAUUGCCCGACGCUGAUCUCUUUCUCCCCUCGUUCCUCAUUGGCUGAGUACUUUAGGUUCACAAUCUUCUCGAUGCUUCACUGAACAUGCAAAUACUGGACAAACAUAAA